GCACCUUCCCUAGCAAGGGGCUCAGGGCAGGGUUAAAACCUAGUGAGCUCUAAAGAACCGCUCAUGCUGUUGGAUGAUUGCUUGUUGGGGUUCUAGGAGGUGAGGGGGGAAGGGGACAGAUGGGGGCUAUGGUUAAAAUGGAAAAACACAUUGGUUCCCCCCUGUAUCCCUCGCUCUGAGUUAGGCUUGGCUGGCUUGGCUGAACGUUGUUGGAUAGUGACUUGAACUUACCAAGGAAAAAGAUGUACACAGUCCCACCCUCCCUUUCCUACCUUGUUUCCUUGUGUUCGGGGUGGGAAAGGAUGCCUGGAGUUAGGACAGGUGUGACAACUCUUAAAACAGCUCCAAGUAUAAAUUUGUACCUAGCAUCCUUCCACAGACUGCUGCUCUGGCAUCCCAAACACUCUUGGCCAUAACAGGUACUCAAUUCUCCAUUUGUGACCUACUUAUUCCAGACAGUAUUUGAUUGGGAAUUCACUAUAAAAGCAGCAAACCUGGAGGAAUUUGGGUAGAUGAUCUGAGCCAUUUGAGAGGUGGCUACCUCUUAGCAUCCAGAUGGAGUUUGCGCCCUGAAGUCGGGUUGGACUGUUGCUGCUUGGUGGGAGAGGACUGAGCUGGUUGCCCUUGCUGCUUUCAGCAGGAAACCCUACUGUUUGAUCGCCACUGGAGGGUGCUGUCAUUCAUACUCACUUGGAGUUCUGUAGGGUGAGCCUUCUCUUGAUGAUGGGCAAGUCGGGGAAUGGUGAAGACACAUGCAUCUGUUCCUUAUGAAGGCUGAAGUGUAAAGUCAGGGCCAGGCAGGAUCGGGCCUUCUGUGGGUAUAUGAAGGUAGUCAGGAGGAUGGGAUGGGGCAGUUGGAGAGUGGACUGUGAAGGCUACUGUGUGCCCUACCCUUCUGAAUCGGCUAGGCUUGAGUGGGUGCUGAGAUUUUCCAUGUUCGGUACAGGGAGCAGACUCCUCCAGGGAGGACUUACUGAUCUUUCUGUGUGUUCUGCUUCCUCUCCCCGUGCCUCCUUGUUGAAGUGACUCCCCCUGGCAGAGUGAUCCUUGCCUCAGUACAACUUCAGGAAGCAUCCUGCAUCCAGGCUUUAGUAAAGUCUGCUAAGGCUUGGCCUGAAAGAGCCAUCUUGUCAUCCAGCCUUCACUGAAGGUCCCUGAGGCACCAGCCUCAUGGGUCACUUAAGCUCCACAUUUUCAAGACAUUGGAGUCAGCGGGACGAUGCUCCGAGGUAGUAGAUAGAACCUUGGAGGUGAUUUGGGAGUGGGAGCUCUGACUGAAACCAAAGGAUAUGCCAUGCUGCUGGGAGGAUUUGCAGGUGUUUCCAAAAUGGCGACAGAGAAAAGGGGAUGUCAGUAAUGCUUCUUAUAUUUGGAAGGGGAAAAAAAUCAUUCUUUGUCAAAUAAAAGAAUCCAUCUCUGUCUAAUGACAGCAUGGCAGUCUGAGGCUCUCCUCCUCCUCCAUGUGGGGGAUGACAGGAACACAAAGCCUGAGCAUUUCAGCCCCGGCCCAUUGCCAGGCUCAACAUUUCCCCCAAGUUUCCCGUUGAAUACAGAUCCAUUCUCCAAACAAUUCUCUCUCAGCAUAUCAAUUCCCAAGUAAUUAUUAUUUAUCCAAGAGUAGGUCUGAUGCAUAUUCAUGAUGUUUUAUUAACAGAAGGCACCUGAAUUUGAAGUCUCAGAUUAGUACUAAAGAGAAAACCAGUUCAAGUGUCGAAUCUGUACACAGUGUUGUGGCAGUGGAGGGAAGCACCCAGCCUGCAGUCAGAUUGCAACUUACCACAGGUCUGCCUCAGUCAGGACCAGACCUAACAGUGGUUUUCUGGCAUAGCAAGUAUCUGUGUUAGCAAAACGUCCAUGCCCUGCCCUGGUCUAAUUGCCUCUCUCCUAGGAGACAGUGGGUCUUAGGAAAGGGAAUGAUGCCAUGCUCUAGAUUCAUUUCACGAGCCUCUCUCUAGGUUCUAGGCAUUUCACCACGUUGGUCAGUCCAAGCUUCUCAUUUACUCAGAAUCUAUUAGAUGUAGCUGGCAGUGAGCUGCUGGGCUCUCAGCUCAAGCAAUACUAUGAUGAAAGGCCACCAUCGGGCAGUAAUGACUUUGAGCAGAGGGGUAGACUUCUGAUCCUUCCAUCAAACUAGACUUAAGGUCAUUCAACGGCUUUCUGAGCAUAGUCCUCCACCUGUCCCUGCUGCUCCCCUUCGUUGGUCUCUGACCACUUUCCUUCUAUCUUCAUCUUUACUGCCAAGGACACAUAGGGUACAACUGUACCUCUCAGCUGGCCCUUGGCCCCCUGGUCCUACAGGGGGGUUCAGUCUUAAACCAGCCUCUUCAAGCUCUCUUACACUGUAGGAUUUGAUCAAAGGACUUUUUGUCAUUGUCUCCAUCUGUGAGUACAAUCAGUUAUGUAAGACGUGCAAGUGGGUUGAUGACAGGUCAUCCUGUUCUUCUGCAGGACUGCUUAAUUCCCCAGGGGAAGUCAGCUUUCCCUUAUUCUGCUGGGACUACUGCUAGCACAUAGCAAGGUCUUUCAUUGGACUACCAUUAGUUCCCAGAAUUCAGUAGUUGAAACUGUCAUCUUAGUGUUUUGGGUGAGAACAUAAUUUCCCUUUCUCUGAGCUCCCAAACCCUCCUGUAAUACUUCUCAGCUUAAAAUCUAAGGGUAAAGCCCCAAUGUCUUGCAGAUAAUGCGUGCUGUUAGUCUUAUCACAUUCUUCAUGCCCCCCGCUGCAUUUGUUCCCGUACACCAAUCUGAUUUGGCUGUUGCCUUUAGAACCGUGCUUAGUUCUCUUCGAUGUUGUUGUGACUUUUUCUAAGACCUCAAGAUCUCUUCCAGUCUCACCUCAAUUAUUUCAGUGCUGAUCUUGAACAUGCUCUCCUUGGCCUUAAAACACAUAGGGGACAAAGAUGGUGUUAACCAACUCCUAAGUAUUUCCAGGUCAUUCUGCAGUAGGAAAUAGUGAAUUACCCCAGUCCCUCUGUGGCUCUCCCAGCCCAGCAUGAGGUUCUCCUGGCUGCAUUAGCUUCCGCUUUUACAUGGACCAGAAGUUCAAGGGUGUGGAUGAAGAACUCCAGCCACACCUUGAAUCGUACCUGGGAUGUAGUUGGUGCCUGCAUAGCAGCAUGCUGGGCCUGCCUGGCUCCAGGAUUGUGGCUGACUGACAACAGUUAAGUGGGCCAGAUAUGUUUUCAGUUUGCCAAGCCCUAGCCUAGCUCUUGGGGAAAUGAUAGUGAAGCUCAUUGUUGCUAUUUAAAGACCUCCUCUGCCUGUUGUCACUUCUGCUUAUUUAGGAACAAGUGAUUUGUUUUUUAUGCUUUGUGAUAUCGUGUGUUGUAGUUAGAGAAACAGUGCUGAAAACGCUCUGCACCCCCACCCUGGCCCUCCAUGUAGCAUCGGUCCUGUGGCUUCUCCCAGUCCCCAGCCCUGCCCAGGUUCCUGGCAUAUGCAUGCUGAGACAGCGCUGCCUGCCUCUGCUUUCAUCUGGUAUGGGGAAGGGGGGGGGCAAAUUGCUCUGGUUGUCUCCACUGCCAUUUCCAUGUGCCUGCCCCUCCCUAACUUCAGCCUGGCCCUGCCCCCGCUUCUGAUGGAGGAGCUGGAGUCCAGGUUCACUUGCUGAAGGAUCAGUUGGCUGCCGAGGCUGCUGCACGGCUGGAGGCCCAGGCGCGCGUGCACCAGCUCCUGCUGCAGAACAAAGACAUGCUGCAGCACAUCUCUCUGCUGGUCAAGCAAGUGCAGGAGCUGGAGCUGAAGCUGUCAGGACAGAAUGCCAUGGGCUCCCAGGACAGCUUGCUGGAGAUCACCUUCCGUUCAGGUGCCCUGCCUGUGCUCUGUGAACCCACCACCCCUAAGCCAGAGGACCUACACUCACCGCUGCUGGGCGCCGGCUUGGCUGACUUUGCCCACCCAGCGGGCAGCCCUUUAGUUGACCACAGCAUGUUUGAGAAUUUGAACACAGCCCUCACUCCAAAGCUCCAGGCUAGCCGUUCCUUCCCGCACCUGUCCAGAUCUGUGGCCCCGAGCUCCAUCACCCCUGGCUCUGCGGAGCCAGGGGGACCAGGACUGAGGGUGGGGAGCAGCCAGCACCUUAAGAACCUGGGCAGAGCCAUGGGGGCCAAGGUCAAUGACCUCCUAAGAAGAAAGGAGUCCUCAAGCCUGGGCAGUGUGGGUGUGAUGGAAAUUAACAAGACGGCUGGGGCCCAGCUGGCUGCUGGGGUAGAUGUGGCCUGUGGAUCCUGGCUGGAGGACAACAGGUCAGUCCAAGAAGCGUUCCCUCUGCUGGAUCCUCCACCUCCCAUAACCCGGAAGCGAACUCCUCGGGCCCUGAAGACCACCCAGGACAUGCUGAUUUCAUCACAACCUGUCCUAAGCAGUCUAGAAUAUGGGACAGAAUUGUCACCUGGGCAGGCCCAGGACUCUCCACCCAUGGCUCAGCCUGUCUCUGCAGAUAAUUCACGACCAGAGUCUGCCAUUGAAAUGGGAGACAAGGGAGAGGCUCUGCCCAAUGGGGAGGUGUCCUUGUUGGUACCUGACCUCAUACACAAGAACAGCCAGGAGGAAUCCAAGCUAAAGGUGACUGAGUGCAGAAAAGCCUCCUCCCCUGACCCCAUUGAGAGGAAUGGCCUCAGACUCACCUUGAGUCCCAUCAGCCUGGCUGAGUCCUGGGAGAACAGCAGCCCACCUCCACGGGCACGGACCUCCAGUCUUGACAAUGAGGGCCUUCACCCAGACCUGCUGUCCUUUGAGUAGUGUGUCUGUCUUCCCUGCUGAACACACUCUUCACUCUGUCCUUCACUGCACACAGGUUCUUUAUCCCAGAUGGCCACAGGUGGUCCCAGUUAAGGAAUCUGCAGACUGGCAGAAGGAUGCGUGUGACAUCUCUGAUCCCACUUCUCUGUAAGAUCUGGCUGCUGUUCGAACUCAUCCACCAUCGGGCUUGUCCCAGCUUCCUACUGAAUUAUAGGGCCACCAGCCGAGGAGAAUGGAUCUGGCAGGAAUUCUCUCUGCCUGUCUGAUCAGAUGCAUAUGCUGUCUGUUCUUUUAUCCACCCACCCCCUCCUCCAUCCCUUUUUCUAUCCCUUUCCUCCAUAGUGGUCCAAGGACUCCCUGCCUUAAAGGAAAUACAGCUAGGGAAGAGUGAUGGGUAGGUUUGGCUUGAUGAUGGAAUCUUGCAUGGAAAGCUACCCUCUAACACAGCCUCUAGGCCAUGUGGACCUCUAACCACCACCUUUCCUCUGUUUCUUGGUUAGGGCCAGUGGAGGUGCUUCCCAGGCUUGGGACCUUGAGAGCUUCCUCAAAGGCUGAGCCAGCCUUGUCACCAGGGUUCCCAAGGUUUCCCCAUCCAGUUAGAUGCUCCCCUACCUCUCUGGAUAGGCACUUAGCACAAUGGUAUAGGCAGUUGUGCUGGGGUUCCUGGCUGUGUGAGAGAAGGCAGGGGUAGGCAGGCCCCCACAGAAGCAGCAAAGAGUGUUCUGAUAUUCAAGAGGAGAGCUCGGGAACAUGGAAUGGUUGUACAGGAGCGGAGAUCAUAGAGAAGAGUAAAGUAGGGACUGAGAAGGGCAUCACUGAGAAUCAGAGCAGCUUCUCGGGCCACUCCACACCAAGAACUAGGCAGUGCUGGCGGCCUGGGAGCAGUAUGUGUGAGAGCCAGGGUGUAGCAUGUGAGAGACUGGAAUGUGAUGAGGACUGUGGAGACAGUGCAGUUGUCGCUGAGUGAGAGGGCUUCUUUGUGUUUGUACUGAGGUUGCCUGAAUUCCCCGCAGCCCCAGGCCUGCCCAGAGAUACCUGAGCCUCUGUGCUUUAUCCACAUAACAGAGAUCUUCCUCUGCCUCUGCUGUCGGGACCAGUGUAAGGAACCAGCAAGGCUUAUCAACCCUUGAUCAGCUCCUGCCUUCCAGGUUAACUUGCUUUGUCUUCCUUUCUCCCUCCAGGAGCCCUAUCAUGCUGUCUUCCUGUGACCAGGAGACUCUGUAGUGAUCCUGGCCACAAGAAUCUUUGUAGUCGGAAGAGGACAUCCCUAUUGUCAAAUAAGGAGGUCAGAGCCCCACAAGGAGGCUGGGGAUGGUGCCUCCAGCCAGGGCAGGCCAUGUAGCAGUCAUCUGCUCUACUUCCCGUGGUCCUCCCUUUUCUGCUUGCCUGACUUCCCAUCUGUGAGACUGGGGCACACAGGUCUCACUUGUCUGUUCAGCAUCACCAAUGUGCUGCCCUCCUCCCAACCAGCAGAUAGCUGAGCUAACUCCUGAGAACCAGAAUGGGAGGCCUCAGCGGGAUCUCUGGGAUGAGGUUUCCCUCUCAUACCCUUGCUUAAGCAGCCGUAUGGCUUCAGCCAUCUCUGCCCUCCAACCCUCCUCUCUUGCCCCGUCUUCCAUUGUCAUGAAGGCAGGAGCUCAUCCCAUGCUUCCUGCAUAGUCCUGUCUCUUCCUCUCAGAGACACUCCAUGCAGCUAGGCAUCUGAAGGCCCUGGUGGAGUACACAGGACUGUUAGCACAUAUGUAGCACAUGUGCCUUGCUCCAAGAACAUCCUAAGGAUGUGACAUCUGACCCUGGAGUCAGAGAAGUCCUUAGGAUUAGCAUUUGAGCAUCUACGAAUUUUUCCAUGAGUGAUUUGUGAUAUUACCCAAAACAAAGAGUUCAGGCUCUAGGGGUGGAAAGUCUCAGCAUACACUAGAGCAUAUGUUUAGUGUGACCUGAGCUCUGCAUACCAGAAUCGUGGUCUACCCCGCCCCAUGGGAUACUCAGCCAGUGGCUGCCCUCUGGGGCUGCUCCUUCCCUAAGGUGCCUAAGUGAUAUGGUUGCCUAAGAUCAACAAUAUGAAGCUUAACUUGCUUAAGCACCCAGGAUACUGCUAGAGUCCUGGCCCACAGGCCCAGGAUUAGCCAAAAGACUCCAUCAUAUUGCCCAAGGACCCCUGAAAAGGAAACUUCUGAGUACUUUAAACUUAGACUUGAUCUUGAACUGGGUGCCAUGAAUGCCUACAUCAACUCCUAGGGUCUUGGCCAUCUCCCUACUACGGAAGUGAUGCUGCUACCUCAAGAGGUCCUCUGAGACUGAGCCUUGUCUUAGAUGCUGCAGAUAUUGCCUGGUGCUAGGGGUUAAGUGCUUCCCAGGGGCCAGCAGGAACAAAUCCUCUUGAGAGCUUUGACUUACAUCAGUUCUUCCAUAUAGUGCCCCAGCAGACUCAGUGACCAUGUCAGCAGUCUGCAUUGUAGCAUGGCAGCCUUACCAAUGAACCAAGAUCCUCUGGGGACCUAGUCCUUGGGUAGUUUGAUCUACAUGGAGUGGGAGGGGGCAGGCUAAUGGGGAGAAAUGAAGGAUCUAACUUCUAUGUUUGAAGAAGGUGGGGCCUUGGAACCUUUGUCUCCCCACUCCUUUCCAGCUUCAUUGUAUACCCCUGUUCAGCCCAUAGCCUUACUCUGAUAGAUCACAAUGUAAGUUUCCAGAAGCCUGGAAAGAGGGUGUCUCCUCCCCUGUCCCAGCCCACACUUCUUUCUAGAAAUGUACCUGUGAAUGUUCUGUAUCUGGGAGAUAUGAAGACAUGUGUUUUUAACCCAUCAUCUUUUACAGAACAAGUUUUGUCUCUGUUUGGAAGAACAAGAUUAUAGUUCUAUUCUGAGUAUUUUUUAGAGAGCUCAUAUUUAUAUUUUUAGAGAUUUUUCUUGUAGAAGGAAAUUGCAUAAUAAAAUGAUAAUGUGUUUU